AUGACAUUUUUAAGGGCUCCUCUACAUAGCAAGCGUCUGGUAGCCAGGAGCUAUCAAGCGUUCCAUGGAAGAGGAACCCCUACCUUAGGUAUUCGCAGAGAAACUAUUAAUGCUUGGGAGAGAAGAGCCCCUCUUGCGCCAGUUCACGUUAAGAAGUUGACGAAAGCUGGAGUGAAUAUUCUCAUUCAACCAAGUAAUCGUAGAGCUUAUCCUAUUCAGGAUUAUGUUGCUGCAGGUGCUACAGUUCGGGAAGAUCUAUCUGAUGCUCAUUUAAUCAUUUCUGUCAAGCAGGUACCAGUGGAUCAACUGAUUCCAAAUAAGGCUUAUGCAUUUUUCUCGCAUACUAUAAAGGCCCAGCAAGAUAAUAUGGAAAUGCUCGACACCAUUCUUCAAAGAAAAAUUCGGUUGAUUGAUUAUGAGAAAAUAGUUGAUAAGCGUGGAAAACGAUUGGUCAUGUUUGGAAAAUGGGCUGGAAAUGCUGGUUUUAUCGAUAUUCUUCACGGACUAGGACUUAGACUUUUGGCUCUAGGCCAUCAUACACCUUUUCUUCACAUGGGGCUGGCACAUAAUUACAGCGACUCCCAUAUGGCUAUCAAUGCCCUACGUGAUAUUGGUUACGAAAUUGCCUUGGACAAAAUGCCAAGAUCAUUGGGACCUUUAGUGUUCGUGUUUACUGGUUCCGGAAACGUCUCCAAGGGAGCGCAAGAUCUAUUCCAGCAUCUACCCCAUGAGUUCGUCGAUGUUGCAACUCUUCCUAAGGUUGCUCAGAAAGGACAAUUGAACAAAGUGUAUGGAUGUGUUGUAACUCGCGCUGAUCACAUGGUACCUAAGAAUGGUGGUGUUUUCAACAAGGAGGAAUUCGAAGCUCACCCGGAAAGAUAUACUUCUAAGUUCGCCACCGAGAUUGCUCCUUACGCAUCAGUCAUCAUCAAUGGAGUUUAUUGGGAUGCUCGUACUCCUCGACUUCUCACGAUUCCUGACGCCAAGAAGUUACUCACUCCAGUUCGCAAAUAUGACACUCCUGGAUGUCCUAGCUUGCCACAUCGUUUAAUUGCACUCUGUGAUAUUUCUGCUGACCCUGGUGGUUCUGUUGAAUUCAUGACUGAUUGUACUACAAUCGAUAAGCCUUUCAUGAUAUAUGAUGCUGACUUUAAUACAAGCUCAGAACGCUUCGAUUUACCUAAUGGAUGUCUAGUAUGCAGUAUUGAUAACAUGCCUGCUCAAAUGCCUAUCGAGGCUACUGAACAGUUUGGAGAUUUGCUGUAUCCCUAUGUCAUGGAUAUGCUCAACUGUGCCGCUGAUAUCCCACUUGAUCGUACUGCUUGUAGAGAUGAAGUAAAAGGAGCUAUUAUAACAAGCGAUGGAGGUCUUACUCAAAACUAUAAGUAUAUUGCUGAACUUAGAAAAGCCAAAGCCUUAGCCUCAACACAUAAGUCUCGUGUGAUGGGUGCCGAUGAGAAAAAGGUACUUUUGCUCGGAGCUGGAAUGGUAAGCGGACCAUUCGCGGACUUCUACUCUAAGCAACAGAAGGUUAGUCUGACUGUGGCUACCGAAUCUCGACAAGACGGUCAAAAACUGCUUGUUGGAGACAAUAUAUCUUCAGUUGUUGUUGAUGUGAAUCGGGAACCCGACGUGCUUGAUAAGCUUAUCAGAGAACAUGACCUCUGUGUGUCCCUUCUGCCAUUCACUUAUCAUCCUAUGAUCGCGAAGCUGUGUAUCAAAAAUAAGAGAAAUAUGGUUACUAGUAGUUAUGUCUCACCAGAACUGCAAGAAUUAGAUCAAGCAGCGAGAGAUGCUGAGGUUACCAUAAUGAAUGAAUCUGGCUUAGACCCAGGAAUUGAUCAUAUGCUAGCUAUGGAAUGCUUUGACUCUAUUCGCGAACAUGGUGGAAGAGUGACUUCAUUUGUGUCCUUCUGUGGGGGGCUACCUGCGCCUGAAUCUUCCGACAACCCAUUGAGGUACAAGUUCAGCUGGAGUCCUAAGGGAGUCUUGACCGCUUUGUUAAACCCUGCCAAAUACCUCCAUAACGGAAAGGUUGUGGAAAUUGAAGCCGGCAAAGUUGUUGACUAUUUGUACCCCAUUGACUUUAUGCCUGGAUUCAAUCUCAUUGGAUACGCCAACAGAGACUCUACUAAAUACGCCGACAUUUAUGGCCUUGGUUCUGAAUGCCAAACUUUACUCAGAGGAACACUCCGUUAUGAAGGAUUUGUUGAAACGGUGAAGGCCUUGGACUCCGUAGGCUUAUUGAGCACUCAACCAUCAGAGGUGUUCAGUUCCAUUCAAGGUCCAGAUCUUACCUGGAAACAACUUAUGGCUUCUCUUUUGAAUCAACGUUUGGAUAUUUUCCCGGAUUCUCUUAAGAACAUUGCCGCUGAACAUGUUGGAAAGAAGAACGUCAUCGGAUUCAAUUCUCUCAAAGAACUUGGAUUGUUCAGUGAAAUUGUCGUUGACAGACAGGGAUGUGCUCUUGAUACUCUUGCUCCUUAUCUUGCUAAGGUACUCGCUUUUGGAGAGAGAGAACGAGAUUUAGUCGUAUUGAAUCAUGAUGUAGGAGUCCAAUUGCAAAGUGGAGAUCGAGAACGUCAUAGAAUUAGUCUCGUAUCGUAUGGUGAAGAGAAUGGCUUCUCAGCUAUGUCUAAAACAGUUGGAUAUACUUGUGCUAUCAUCUCGAAUAUGGUCCUCCAAGGUGAAAUUCAACAACCUGGAGUUCUUCGCCCGAUAGAGAAGGCUGUGUACAGAUCAGCCUUGAAGCGAUUGGAAGAUUUCGGAAUUUAUGCUAAGAAGACUGUGCAGCAACUAUAA